AUGGUUCUGCUGCGACAAGAAGGGCGCUUCUGUCGUGUGAGAGCAGUGGAGAGGCGGCGAGGCUUCAGCAGAAGAUGUGCUGGCGAGGCGUUCUUGAGUGCUGCUGGGCCGAUCAGGUCCAUCCCUGAGUCGAUUCAGUUGAGCAUUGCAAAGCUGAACACCGGUAACAGUUCGGCGCCCGUCACCAAUGCCCCAGGGCCCAGAAUUGUUACCGAUGGUGGUGUUUCUGCGCUCAACUCAACUGCUCCAGGGCUGUUCAGGAGUGUGAGCAUAGGGGCAGCGGAGUGGAGGCGGGGGAGUGAGGGAGCGGCCAGGGGUCUGAAGCAGAUCAGUGAGUGGCUGGAGCGACAGGAAGAGGAGGGAAUGGGCGGAAUGGGCGGAGUGAUGGGUGGUGUGGGUGGUGUGGGUGGUGUGGGUGGUGUGGGUGGUGGGGUGCAUGGGGCGCAUGGGGUGCAUGGGGUGCAUGGGGUGGGCGGGGCGCAAGGAACAGCUGGGAGUGUGGUUGAGUCUGUCCCUGUCAUUCACACGUCCAUUACUUCCACUCACAGCGUGGUUCGCCUCACCCCCUCUCUUCAGGAGCCCUCUCAGCGGCACUUCUGGAGAAACCUGCCUCUCGCCCUUCCGACUGCCCCUGCAGCAGCAGCAGCAGCAGCAGCAGCAGCAGCAGUAGGAGCAGCAGGAGCAGCAGCAACAGCAGCAGCAGCAGCAGCAUCAGAAACAGCAGGAGGAGCAGGGGCAGUAGUGCUCAUCUCACAGGACAUUGAUACAGCAUCUGCAUCAUCAUCGUCAGCAGCAGCAGCAGCAGCAGCACAGCAGUAG